AUGAGUCCUACAAAAAUCGUACCCGAAGAGGUCGACGGAGAAAUAAUAGGCACCACCGAUUACUUCUUCGUGAAAAUCGGCGAGGCCAUUCCGUUGAAAAGCUCCGACUCCAAUUUCGACGCCGAAACACUUCCUUCGCAGCCUCUCGCGCUCUCUGAACGCUUUCGCCUCACUUUUGUGGCUCAUUCUUCGGGUUUUCUCGUUGCGAGAACUAAGGACCUUAUUGAUUCGGCCGGCGAGCUUAAGGAGAAGGGAGGAACUGGCUCUCCGGUGGAGCAACUGAGUCUCGUGGAUGUUCCUAUUGGGAGGGUACGCGCAUUGGCUCUUUCCACCGAUAACUUGACUCUGGCAGCGGUGGCUUCUGUCUCCAGCGACAUUUGGUUUUACCUUGUUGAAAGCUUUCUCAAUAAGGUUGUGAAGCUAGAGAGUUUAGGUAAAUACCUAAAUGCUCGAUAA